AUGGGAAGUCCGGAGUCAGAAAUUAAGAGGAGACAUUAUAAACUGCUAAUGAAAUGUGACUUUCAUGUUGAGAAACUGGAUUCCCCCAGGACUGAAAUGAAGCACGCUUUAGCCUUCUCACACCCAGGUACCCCAUCGGGUUCCCUGCAGAGUGAUCUCUGCCAGCACCUUGGUGAGACUGCACAAUGGAGGAAGCCGGCACUUUUACCUGGGAAGUGGAUAACUUCGAGGAAAAGUGGCCUCCGAGGAGGAAAAAAGGCAACAUUCCGCCCGGAGUGGAAGCCCUCACAACCCUCGACUGUGCCUGCUGACCGCACCCUUGACCGACCUCACCCUCGCUCCCCCGCCCGGCUUCCUCUACCCAGUCUAGGCGGCAGGCCGCGCUCGGCCGGGUUCCACCGCCCACUCCACGCCCGCAGCUCUUGCACGCGCCGGCUCCAGCCGGUAAUCGGCCACGUGCGCCGUGUUCCCCGCUCGGCCCCUCAGCGGGCCGAGCGCCUCCAAGGUUGUGGUGGCCACGGUGGGGGCUCGAUCCUCGUCCCCUCGCGCCCAGCCGAGAAGUCCGGACAGCGGCGGUGGCGGGAGCGAGCGGCCCGGCCCCUCCCUAGAGGGAGCAGCGCGACAGUGGGCUGCGGGCGCCGCCUCUGCUGCAUCGGUGGCUGCGCGUUCCGUUCGGCCCAGCCCAGCUCGGAUGUGGAGCCCGCGCGCGCCGCGCUGCCUUCCCCUCCUCCUCUGCCACCACCCCGCGGGCAGCUCCCCCGGGCCACACGCACGUUCGAUCCUCCUUUCCCUGGUUUACGGAUUUCCGAGGGCGAAGAAUUUCGCCUCGGUCCCUGCGAGUGUCUCUCGGCCUCUCUCCCUCUCCCCUCGCGACUCCCCCUUCCCGUGGGCGCGCGCGCACGCUCACACACACACACUCACCGGCGCGCGUGCGCACGGCCGCGCGCCCUGAGCCGCGGAGUCUCCAGCGCCUCUCAGCAGAUCCCACUCUCUCCGGCGCCGCUACUCACACAGGCUUCCAGCCGCCACUGGGCGUCCUCUGUCUGCGGUAGCGCGGCCGAGGCGGCGGUGGGAAAGGUAGCUGCAGCCCGGCGCGGUCUCAGAGCUCCGUGCCCUGGACCGACUCCGGGGAGAAGCGGAGAAGGAGGACGCCGAGGCGAGGCGAGGAGGAGCCGCGCCGCGCCCGGGUCCGCGCGGCUGGCUGCCUCCGCUACCGGUACCGCAGCCCCAGGUCCUUUGCAGCCAGCAUGGUGCCAUCUUUAUAACCCGUGGAGGAGAGAACACCCACCAUGUCCAGCUGUGCAACCAGCCCCAGAGAGGCAGUGUGUCUCUGAGUCACCUGAGCUCCGUGCUGUUGCCUUCCUGCUGUCCACCCACCUCUGACGAUCUUCCUAGUGUCUGCAGGCUCUUCUGGGACGACUAUCUCAAAGGGAAGUGCCUCUCAGGCUCUUGGGAUCCCAAGACCCCCUCCUGGAUCCCUGAGUGGGACCCGUUGGCUGUGGGCGCUUCUGAGG